CGCAACACGACUUUCAGUCCGAUGUUUCGAUAACUGUGUUUUCUGUCACAGCAUACACAGAGCAAGUGUAAGUCGCGCUAAUGGCGGCAGCGUCAUUCAGGUACUUAGUGCAGCUACACAAAGACGUCCCCAAAGCGGCAAGAUUCUACUCCGAGGGCUUGGGAUUCACCGUCAACGUCUGCACUCUCCGGUGGGCCGAGCUUCAUUCCGGCCAGCUCAAACUUGCGCUCCUGCAUUCUCCCAGUGAAAAUGUUGAGCGAAAGGGUUAUUCAUCUCUGCUAUCAUUUACAGUUACUGACAUCAAUAGUACCGUGACAAAAUUGAUGACUUUGGGCGCAGAAUUGGAUGGGCCAAUUAAAUACGAAAUCCAUGGGAAGGUGGCGGCAAUGAAAUGUGCUGAUGGGCAUGUGCUGGGCCUUUACGAGCCCUCUUAGAGGAUGAUGCUUUUAAGGUUCACAGAUAAUUAAAGGUAUAUAUAUAUAUAUAUAUAU